UAGACUCUUUUCAAUGGAUUCCAGUCGAUCGAUAUUAUUUGAUCAAUCAGUUGGCGGUCAAACACACGAUCAAAAUGAGAAAACAAUUGAUGAGACGUUUGCCGACACAAUUGAUGAGACAAUAGUGGUCAAAACGACCGUCAAUCGGCCGAAACGACUGUCCAAAGUGUUGCCGAACCAGAAGAUCUCAUCUCAGUUACCGACAAAACCGUUGACAUAAUCGAUGACCACAUUGUUUCCGAAGGCAUUGAUGACGCGGGAAAUGCUGUCACUAAACAAAGUUUUGGUCAAAACAAUGAGUUUGAUGAGCACAGACUGGUCAUUGAUAUCGGUGCCGAUAAUAGUAAGCAAACCGACAGUUUUGAUACACUAGUUAAAGAUACAACAGUCUACACAAACCCAGGUCUUGUACAUCCCAUUACAGGAUCAGAGGUCGACCCCAACUAUGGUAAUAAAUCUAACCGUGCUGUCAAUGUUACCGAUGAUAAUGGUUUGGCUGCAGGUGAUGCCGACAACGGGUUAGACAAUAAUACCGGUACUGACGAACAGUGUUUGGACACUACCGCUGCUGACGCUAUCAAUAACUAUCAGUUACGGUAUAUAAAUAUAUAUAUAUUUUUGUAGUAAUUGUUGGUUUCAUCGAUUUGGCCAAUUUGACUGAUUAUACAAUAUAUUAUUUUUUUUAAUCUUUAACAAUAGGACGCCCAGUCGUAGACCAUCGGCGGUAGGUUUGCCCGAAUCUCCGACUCCGGAGGUACUGGAAUCACUAAAUGAAGAGAUGUUCGCACUGGCCGUAAAUAAAUUAGGAAACUGUAUACGCAAUCCCGCAAAAUGGAUGACACGAUUUAGUAGCGCUACAGCAAAAUGUAUUGCAAUGGCUAGUAAUCAGAUGUCUGGCCAGUCGUGUUCACCACCACUUAGUUUGGGUCAGCCUUUCGAUGAUAACGAUUUGCCGAUGGAUGUAUCACAUGAUGAGUCUAUUGAUAAUAACGGUGGUGUUAAGCGCCGACGUCUGAAUUCAGGUCUUCAGCAAAACGAAUGUAAUCGUUGUUUGAAACUAUUGGAUGAAAUCACGUCUUUGAAGACACAAAUAAAGUGUUAUUCGGAUGAAGCCAACCGAUGUCAUCACAGACUUAACAAUUUUGGAGAUAAGUUUUCUAAUUUCAUUGGUGAUAUUGGUCCAGAUCUAUUUGGUGAUCGUUGGGAACAAAUUAUAUCAAAUUCAAAUCAUUUGGAUGAAGACAACAAUUUGGAAGAUUUUGUCGAUUCGGUCAAUUCGGUCAAUUCGGUCCAAUCGCCAGGUUCGGGUAGUUUUGAAGCUGCCAACGAUGGUGACCUGGUCGAUGAAGACCCAUUAGCAGAGGUCACUUUAAAUGGGACUGUUUGGUGUAAUAAUCAUGAAAAUAAAAUCGAUCGCCGAUUAAAUCUGGUGUCUCCAUACAACCGAGCGAUAAAAUUGGGUGUAAACUGGGGGUUGAAUUUUGAUAUCAUAAACGAAUCCGAAGGUUAUCUCACAUCCAUAUCAUUGCGUAACUUAAAAAUUAUUCAAUUGUAUGGCCAUAUGGUUAAUGGCGGUAAAAUGAAAGACAACGUUACAGUUUUUGAGGUCUACCAAAAAGCUUCAUAUAUGGGAACUAAAACUCAUAAAAACGGAAAUACAAUACAUUUAAUAGCUUUUUGUCGACAAUGGUCUCCCUGUUGUGCCAUUUGUGGUCAAUGCUUGGACACAGGUGUCAAACAGGCUUCAACUAACGAUAUACACAAUCAUAUGAAUGUGAAGCACCAUAUAAUGGAUAACCCGACUCAAAAAAUAUCAGCGAAAUUUCAAAUCAUUAGUUAA